ACCCGUCUGCAAUGAAUUUAGAUUUUUAAAAUAAAAUUUUGUAUGACAAGAUUUUAAUUGUUAUUCGUUCAUUUAUUAAAGUUGUAAUCGUCUAAUAUAUCAUGAUAUAUGUUCCUACGUCGUAAACGAAACAUAAAUGUUUUUUUCUGUAUUUUAAUAAAAUUAAAUAUUUAAUGAUGACAGAAGUAACUCCAACAACUGAAAAGUCAAAGAAGAUUAAUGCUAUUAAUAAACAAACAAUUCAUCAAAUUUGUUCUGGGCAGGUGGUUUUUGAUCUUGCAACUGCAAUUAAAGAACUUGUGGAAAAUAGUUUAGAUAGUGGUGCUACAUUAAUUGAUAUUAAACUGAAAGACUAUGGGCAAUCAUGUAUUAGUAUUAGCGAUAAUGGUAGUGGUGUUUUAGAAGAAGAUUUUGAAGGAUUAGGGUUAAAGCACCAUACAUCGAAACUUAAAGAAUUCUCUGAUCUAACAGAAGUAGAUACUUUUGGAUUUCGUGGAGAAGCUCUUAGUUCACUUUGCUCGUUAGCUGAACUAAGUAUUAUUACAAGACAUUCUACAAGUGAGCAUGGUUUCAAGCUUGAAUUUGAUCACAAUGGUAUACUGCAAAAGAAAGAAGCAUGUGCAAGAGAAACAGGGACAACUGUACAUGUUAAAAAUAUAUUUAAGUGUCUUCCUGUAAGAGCCAAAGAAUUUACAAGAAAUUUGAAAAAGGAAUAUGCUCGUGCUAUUCAAGUACUAUACAAUUAUUGCAUAGUUUCUACUGAUACAAAAAUAACGUGUUCUAAUUCAGUAUCAGGAAAGUCUAAUGUCGUAGUUAGUACUGCGUGUUCUAGUAGUAUUUUAAAUAAUAUUAAUAUAGUAUUUGGUAAGAAAGCCUCAAAUGGACUAGUCAAACUCGAGUUAUUACCUCCUGAUGAAGCAACAUUACAAGAGUACAAUUUGGCAAAUGAUGUGGUUAUAGAUUUUGAAUGGGAAUCCUAUGUUAGCACUUGUGAUCAUUCUGUUGGACGAUCUAGUCCUGACAGACAAUUUUUUUAUGUAAAUGGUCGACCGUGUGAUCUCACAAAAGUUAAUAAAUUAAUUAAUCAUAUUUAUCACAGAUAUAAUAACAAACAGUAUCCGUUUAUUUUUUUAAAUUUAAAACUCGAUAAACAAUCAACCGAUAUUAAUGUGACUCCAGAUAAAAGAACUAUUUUCUGUACGCAAGAACGUCUAAUAUUAGCAACUCUGAAAUUUAGUUUAAUAUCUGUGUGGGAUAAGUUACAAGCAAAUUUGAACAUAAAACCUAUAUCUGAAUUAAAUUUUGGAACAAAAAGAGGAAUUUCACCUACAAAUACAGAUCGGCCAGCCAAGAGAUUUCAGAAUUUAUAUAUAUCAUCAGAUACAAAACAUUCGGAAGAAAAUAAUGUACAGCAUGACAGUACAAACAAAGUUAUUGAAUAUGAUGACAAUGUACAAAAUAAUAUAGUAGGUCCAGUAAAAAAAUUGGACAAUACAGAAAUGUUAAUUAAUAUUUCAACGAUAAAGCAGAAACUUCAAGAAAAACGGGUGAUCUCAUUGAAAAGUAACAUGGCUGUGAACACAAAAAUUAAAUAUAAGGUACAAAUGGAAUGUACUAAAAAUUCUACUGCUGAAGACGAACUGAAAAGAGAAUUAACAAAGGAAUCUUUUCUUAAGAUGGAAAUCAUAGGUCAAUUUAAUCUUGGUUUUAUAAUAGCUCGUUUGGAAGAAGAUUUAUUUAUUAUUGAUCAACAUGCUACUGAUGAAAAGUAUCGGUUUGAAAAACUUAAUAAUGAAACACAACUAAAAACUCAGAAAUUAAUUGUCCCUAAAGCAUUAAAUUUGUCUUCUUUAAAUGAAACUAUACUAAUUGAACACCAAAACACAUUUGAAGAUAAUGGUUUCUGUUUUAAAAUUAAUCUUGAAGCUGAAUCAGGACAUCGCGUGGAACUUACGGGUAUGCCAGUUAGUGGAUACUGGCAGUUUGGACAAGAGGAUAUAGAAGAACUGAUAUUUCUUAUUAGAGAAGGUGGUGUAGAAAAUAAAGAAAACCAUAUAUACCGUCCAAGUCGUGUGAGACAAAUGUUAGCAUCAAGAGCUUGUCGUAGUGCAGUUAUGAUUGGUACAGCUCUUAAUAAUAAUGAAAUGCAAAAAUUAGUUACACAAAUGGCACAAAUGGAAAAUCCUUGGAGUUGCCCCCACGGUAGACCAACAAUAAGACAUCUGUUAUCAUUACAUCUCGUACACAAAAAUUAAUCUUAAAAUUUGUUUUAUACAUCUACAAUAAAAUAAAUGAAGAGCAUAUUUAUCUUAAUUGUAUGAGAAGGAGAUUUUGAAUAGUAGUUUGAUUACA